GUGCCCCACAUGGCAAGACGCGAUAGCAGGAUAACCAUAUGAUGAACGACCACUCUGAUAUUUGGGUAAUUUCGUCUCUGUGUGGACAGGAUCAUUGAGAGCAAGAUGGGAUCGCGCCUGGAAGAGAAUUCUGCACGCGUGCGGAAGCGCAUCGAAAACCAUACAUUUGAUGCUGAAGAUGGGGAUGAGUAUGACGCCGCAGAAUUCGGAGGGUUCGGAGACUAUUUUCGGCGCAAGAAGAUUAAACUGCAAAACCUUGACGCGGAGCUGCGGUCACAAUCCAACGACACGCCGCAAAUCUUCCGCGGGGUUGUGGCCCACGUCAACGGGUACACACAACCGUCUCUAAAUGACCUUCAUAAAUUGAUUGUGGUCCAUGGGGGCGGGUUCCUGCAGUACCUAGAUGGGAAGACUACUGCGACUCAUAUCGUUGCAAGCAAUCUGACCCCCAAAAAAGCGGUUGAGUUCAAGAGGUACAGGAUCGUCAAACCGGCUUGGAUUGUCGAAAGUGUGAAAGCAGGCCGAUUACUGCCAUGGGACUCUUUUCGACUCUUGGAUGAAGGAGCCGGGCAGCGGGUGCUGGGAUUUGACAAUGGCUCCGUUAUCAGUCAGAGCAGUCGAACUCGUCGGAGUUAUAAAGAGGAGUCGGGUACGAGUUGGUACGCCAGCCAGCUUCGGAAAACUACCGAGUCUCCUUUUCAGUUGUCCAAGCAAGACUCCACCUUAGAUGUUGAUGAUCUGGAGGCAGAGGAGCUCGAUCCGAUCGUUGAUUCCAUGAUAGAAGAUAUCAAGCAACCUCCAUCAGGGGAGGACAACCACUUAUCAGAAAUCGAUCAAGCUGACCAAGUGUUUGCGGUUGCUUCAAAAGAGGCGCCUAAACUGCAGGCCAACGACACCAUCCAGGAACAAAUGCGCCCAGUGGCUGGUCCAUCAGGAGACAAGAAAAAAUUGACUGCAGAAGAGCAUAAUGCCAUUUUGCUGGCUGACCCUCGAAUACGAAAAUCCACCGUUGUCAAUCCAGGGUUCUUGGAGCAAUAUUACCGGGAAUCGAGAUUACACCACCUCUCAACGUGGAAGGCAGAAUUGAAGUCCCAGCUACAAGCCGCAGCACAGAAAGCUAGUCAGUCCCCAAAGCGUAAACAGAAGUCAACAGCUGGAUCUCGCCGAUAUAUCCUUCAUGUCGACUUUGACAGCUUCUUUGCCGCCGUCUCCCUGAAGAAGCACCCUCAAUACAAAGAUAAACCGGCAGUUGUCGCUCACGGCCAAGGAUCCAGUUCGGAAAUCGCCAGUUGCAACUAUCCUGCCCGCAAGUUCGGCAUUAAGAAUGGCAUGUGGAUGAAGCGGGCAAUGGAGCUCUGCCCGAACUUACAGAUCCUGCCCUACGACUUUCCUGGCUAUGAAGAAGCGAGCAGGGCAUUCUACGAUGCCAUCAUUGUCACUGGAGGCGUUGUCCAGAGUGUUAGCAUUGAUGAGGCGCUACUUGACGUCACGGCCAUGUGCGUGGAAGAAUCAGGGAGUGACGGAAGGCAUAUGACUGCGGAGAGUAUAUAUCGCGAGCAAGCCAAAGCCGACGAUCUUGCACAGCAAUUGAGGGACACGGUGAAGACGAGCACAGGUUGCGAUGUAUCCGUUGGAAUCGGCGGCAAUAUCCUUCUGGCGAAGGUCGCUUUGCGCAAGGCCAAACCCGCCGGCCAAUGCCAAAUCCGACCGGAAGAAGUGCUGCGCAUUCUUGGCGAGUUGGAAGUCCAAAGUCUCCCAGGGGUUGCUUGGAGCAUCGGUGGGAAACUCGAAGAUUUGGGCGCGAAAUCUGUCAAAGACUUGAGGGAUCUAUCCAAAGAAAAACUGGUUACUGCUCUAGGUCCUAAGACUGGCGAAAAGUUAUACGAGUAUGCCCGUGGAAUUGACCGCUCCGAGGUCGGCGAAGUGGUUGUUCGCAAGUCGGUCUCUGCCGAAGUGAAUUGGGGUGUCCGGUUCGAGAACCAGCAGCAGGUCGAUGAAUUCAUCGAGAACCUGUGCGGUGAAUUGCACAAGCGGCUGCUAAAGGAACAGGUUAAAGGUCGCCAGCUGACUUUGAAAAUCAUGAAACGCUCAGCCAACGCGCCACUCGAUCCUCCGAAACAUCUCGGCCAUGGAAAGUGUGAUACAUCCAACAAGAGCGUGGCCCUAGGGGUCACUACAAAUUCACCUGAUAUCCUGACUGGGGAGGUACUAUCAAUGUUAAAGAGCAUGGGAUUCCCCCCUGGUGAACUACGGGGCAUAGGUGUGCAAAUGACGAAGCUUGAGCCAUUGAAACCCCCGGGACCUUCUGGUCAAGAUGCUAGCAGCCAGAAGCGCCUUCAAUUCAAGCCUCUGACUUCUCAUCCAGCGAAGACUGCGGCGUCCAACGAUCCCAUUCAGGACGAUCCGAUUACCCCCAGAAAGCCGCGAUAUGAGGAGGACUUCGCCACGCCAACGAAACAGAGCGCAGAGGACAAGGAAAUCAAAUCUGCUGCCCGCCUUUUCACAUCCGGCAGUCCAAGCAAGAAGCGUCUCAAUACGGCGGGAACCCAGUUCAUCAUGCCUACCCAAGUGGAUCCUGAAGUAUUGGCUGAAUUGCCGGAGGAUAUUCGGUCAAAGCUCACGAAGACAAAAGAAGCUGACUACGCUCCUGCUGCUCAUCCUGACAGCACCGAUCGCCCAAAACCUGUGACACAGUCAGCUUUAUACGGCCUCCCAAACCAAUCGCAAUUGGAUAUGGACACCGUCAAUGCUCUUCCAGAGGAUCUGAGAGAAGAGAUAUUAAGGCAAUACGAACAACAGCGAGAAAGGACCAAGUCUCCAUUGCAAAUCUCAGCGGCAAAGAAUAUAAAGCAACCGGCUCCAAAGAAGAGGGGCAGGCCGCCGAAAGGAACGACGUCCUCGAAGACCGGGCUCUUGCAAACCAACUUUGUCACUUCCCGUUCGAUUAAAGAUGCGCUGCGUGGAGUCAGCUCCCCUGAACCGGAGACAGCCCGUGAAGUGGCCACGGAAAAUGAUCCCGACAUUCCCGAAAUCUCUCAAGAGUUCCUCGCAGCCUUACCCGAAGAUGUGCGGCGAGAAGUGCUCGAGGAGCACCGACGCCUCCGUCUUCAGAAGCGGUCUUUGAACAUCGGUAAUGGUCGAAGAAACAAACCCAGGCCAGAUCCAGUGCAAACUCCCAGUGCUGCGGGCAGAGACAAUAACCCAUCAAGGACGGUUUUUCUCCCUGCGAAACCAGCAAAGCCCAAAUUCACCGCCCAGAAACUGAGUGCGCUGCCUGAUUUACGAGAUGCAAUGAAAGCAUGGUCGGUGGAAUUCAAAGAGGAAGGCCCGUACUUGGAAGAUGUCGAUGCCCUUGGGGCUUACUUGGUCAAGGUGAUUGAGGAUGAAAGAAACAUGGACAAGGCUGCCAGCGUCGUGAAGUGGUUGGCUUGGGUCCUUGGGGAUAAAGCUAAUGAGGAAUGGGGAAAGGCCCUGGACCGGUUACGAGAAACAGUUCAAGACGCGGUGAAAAGGAGGAGAUUAGGUACUAUUGACUUGGAGUGACGGCCCUUACGCACGGUGUUAGAUGGUUACGAUACCCACAGGAAAUGAGUUU